AUGACUCGAGUGGGGAGCCCCGGAGGCAGCGCGUCUGCCGGCGCGCCCGGCGGGGAGGGCCCAGAUGCGCCGGCGCCAAGCUGCCAAGGGCGCCGGGACCUCGCGGGCAGCGACGAAGGCGGAGCCCCGGCCGGGCUAGGGAGGCGCGCGGAGAGCCCACCCCUCCCCCGGCCCGCCGGGGUAAACAAGGCCUAGACUCGCACCGCGCACUUACCGGGAGCCGUGGCCCCGCGGCCGCUGAGCCCGGGCGGGCCAGACCGUGUCGGGCCGGGCCAGAAGAACCGGGUCCAGGCGCGGCGGCGGCGGAGGCGGCGGGCCAACGCCGGUCAAACCCGCACUGCUUCCUCCGGCGAAGCCGUCUCAGCAGCUCCGGAAGUGCUCAGAGCAGUUCCGUCACUUCCGGCCCGGGGUCGACCCGCGGUCGCCGGGGUCGCGGCAGGCGCUGGGCAUCGAAGGAGAGCUGGGUCUUCGGGUCAGCGCGCAGGGCCGGGAAUUUCUGCGUACGUUCUGAGGCCAUCGCCUGGUGGCCCGAUUCACAGGACCACGCCAGGCUUCCGCUUCCCUCUCCGCGGCCUAGUUCGCUGCCUAAUUCUUUGCCUUCCCAUGCAUCCAAGAUUGAAUCUUAACUGCCUUGUUGCACAGUUUCUUCAAACAGUAUAGGAAGUACCAUUAUGACUUUAAGUAUCUUCUAGGGCUUUUGUCAAGUAUUGUGGAUAGAUAGAGCCGUGAAGCCCCACUCAAGUUGCUGCUGCACAACGUGGAAACGCCUGUGUGAAGCCAGUGAUGUUAGGGAGCCUCCUCGCUGUGCAAGUCCGUAGAUAACCCAAACCAUUUCCACCCAUACAUGAGUCGUGUAUACACUGAUAUUCAAGAUAUUCAAGAUAUCGUUGUGUGAAGGAAAACGAAGAGAAUUUACUGCCUUUAAAAUAAAUGCUAAUUUUUUUUUCAAGUAAAAGGAAAAUGAUAACAGAGUGAAAUCUGGAACUUUACAAAUUAAGGAAGAGAAAUUGGAAUGAUAAAUAUCUGCAUUAGUUUCCUAGGAUGGCCAUAACAAAUUACUGUAAACCUAGUGGCUUAAAACAACAGAACUUUAUUCCCUCAUAGACUCAGCUUCUGGUUGCUGUAAGCCUAAGAAUUUGUGCAUUUCUUCCAGGUUGUCCAUUUUAUUGGCAUAUAGUUACUUGUAGUAAUCUCUCAUGAUCCUUUGUAUUUCUGCAGUGUCACUUGUUACUUCUCCUUUUUCAUUUCUAAUUCUGUUGAUUUGAGUCUUCUUUUUUUUCUUGAUGAGUCUAGCUAAUGGUUUAUCAAUUUUGUUUAUCAUCUCAAAGAACCAGCUUUUAGUUUUUGUUUUUGUUUUUGUUUUGUUUUGUUUUAUUAAUCAGUCAUCAAUUUUAUACACAUCAGUGUAUACAUGUCAAUCCCAGUCGCCCAAUUCAGCACACCACCAUCCCCACCCCACCGCAGUUUUCCCCCCUUGGUGUCCAUACGUUUGUUCUCUACAUCUGUGUCUCAACUUCUGCCCUGCAAACCGGUUCAUCUGUACAAUUUUUCUACGUUCCACAUACAUGUGUUAAUAUACAAUAUUUGUUUUUCUGACUUACUUCACUCUGUAUGACAGUCUCUAGAUCCAUCCACAUCUCAGCAAAUGACUCAAUUUCGUUCCUUUUUAUGGCUGAGUAAUAUUCCAUUGUAUAUAUGUACCACAACUUCUUUAUCCAUUCAUCUGUCAAUGGGCAUUUAGGUUGCUUCCGUGACCUGGCUAUUGUAAAUAGUGCUGCAAUGAACAUUGGGGUGCAUGUGUCUUUUUGAAUUACGGUUUUCUCUGGGUAUAUGCCCAGUAGUGGGAUUGACCAGCUUUUAGUUUUAUGGAUCUUUGCUAUUGUUUCCUUCAUUUCUUUUUCAUUUAUUUCUGAUCUCAUCUUUAUGAUUUCUUUCCUUCUGCUAACUUUGUUUUUUUGUUGUUGUUGUUCUUCUUCUUUCUCUAAUUGCUUUAGGUGUAAGGUUAGGUUGUUUAUUUGAGAUUUUUCUUGUUUCUUGACGUAGCAUUGUAUUGCUAUAAACUUCCCUGUCAGAACUGCUUCUGCUGCAUCCCAUAGGUUUUGGGCCAGUGUGUUUUCAUUGUCAUUUGUUUCUAGGUAUUUUUUGAUUUCCUCUUUGAUUUCUUCAGUGAUCUCUUGGUUAUUUAGUAGUGUAUUGUUUAGCCUCCAUGUGUUUGUAUUUUUUACAGUUUUGUUUCCUGUAAUUGAUAUCUAGUCUCAUAGGGUUGUGGUUGGAAAAGAUACUUGAUAAGAUUUCAAUUUUCUUAAAUUUACCAAGGUUUGAUUUGUGACCCAAGAUAUGAUCUAUCCUGGAGAAUGUUCCAUGAGCUUGAGAAGAAAUACACUUGAGAAGAAAGUGUAUUUUGUUGUUUUUGGAUGGAAUGUCCUAUAAACAUCAAUUAAGUCCAUCUUGUUUAAUGUGUCAUUUAAAGCUUGUGUUUCCUUAUUUAUUUUCAUUUUAGUUGAUCUGUCCUUUGGUGAAAGUAGGGUGUUAAAGUCCCCUACUAUUAUUGUGUUACUGUCAAUUUCCCCUUUUACGGCUGUUAGCAGUUGCCUUAUGUAUUGAGGUGCUCCUAUGUUGGGUGCAUAUAUAUUUAUAAUUGUUAUAUCUUCUUCUUGGAUUGAUCCUUUGAUCAUUGCGUAGUGUCCUUCCUUGUCUCUUGUAACAUUCUUUAUUUCAAAGUCUAUUUUAUCUGAUAUGAGUAUUGCUACUCCAGCUUUCUUUUGAUUUCCAUUUGCAUGGUAUAUCUUUUUGCAUCCCCUCACUUUCAUUCUGUAUGUGUCCCUAGGUCUGAAGUGGGUCUCUUGUAGACAGCAUAUAUAUGGGUCUUGUUUUUGUAUCCAUUCAGUGAGCCUAUGUCUUUGGUUGGAGCAUUUAAUCCAUUCACACUUAAGGUAGUUAUCAAUAUGUAUGUUCCUAUUACCAUCUUCUUAAUUGUUUUGGGUUUGUUAUUGUAGGUCUUUUCCUUCUCUUGUGUUUCCUGCCUAGAGAAGUUCCUUUAGCAUUUGUUGUAAAGCUGGUUUGGUGGUGCUGAAUUCUCAUAGCUUUUGCUUGUCUGUAAAGGUUUUAAUUUCUCCAUCAAAUCUGAAGAGAUCGUUGCUGGGUAGAGUAAUCUUGGUUGUGGUUUCGUCCCUUUCAUCACUUUAAAUAUGUCCUGCCACUAUUGGGAGACUCAAUAUUGUGAAAAUGACUAUACUACCCAAAGCAAUCUACUGAUUCAAUGCAAUCCCUAUCGAAUUACCAGUAGCAUUUUUUACAGAACUAGAACAAAAAAUAUUAAAAUUUGUAUGGAGACACAAAAGACCCCAAAUAGCCAAAGCAGUCUUGAGGGAAAAAAAACGGAGCUGGAGGAAUCAGACUCCCUCACUUCAGACUAUACUACAAAGCUACAGUAAUCAAGACAAUAUGGUACUGGCACAAAAACAGAAAUAUAGAUCAAUGGAACAAGAUAGAAAGCCCAGAGAUAAAUCCACACACCUAUGGUCAACUAAUCUAUGACAAAGGAGGCAAGGAUACACAAUGGAGAAAAGACAGUCUCUUCAAUAAGUGGUGCUGGGAAAACUGGACAGCUACAUGUAAAAGAAUGAAAUUAGAACACUCCCUAACACCAUACACAAAAAUAAACUCAAAAUGGAUUACAGACCUAAAUGUAAGACCGGACACUAUAAAACUCUUAGAGGAAAACAUAGGAAGAACACUCUGACAUAAAUCAAAGCAAGAUCUUUUUUGAUCCACCUCCUAGAGUAAUGGAAAUAAAAAUUAAAAAAUGGGACCUAAUGAAACUUAAAAGCUUUUGCAAAGCAAAGGAAACUACAAACAAAAUGAAAAGACAACCCUCAGAAUGGGAGAAGAUAUUUGCAAAUGAAUCAACAGACAAACAAUCUCCAAAAUAUAUAAACAGCUCAUGCAGCUCAAUAUUAAAAAAACAAACAACCCAAUCCAAAAAUGGGCAGAAGGCCUAAAUAGACAUUUCUCCAAAGAAGACAUACAGAUGGCCAAGACACACAUGAAAAGUUGCUCAAUGUCACUAAUUAUUAGAGAAAUGCAAACCAAAACUACAAUGAGGUAUCACCUCACACCAGUUAGAAUGGGCAUCAUCAGAAAAUCUACAAACAAAUGCUGGAGAGGGUGUGGAGAAAAGGGAACCCUCUUGCACUGUUGGUGGGAAUGUAAAUUGGUACAACCACUAUGGAGAGCAGUAUGGAGGUUCCUUAAAAAACUAAAAAUAAUAUUAUCAUAGGACCCAGCAAUCCCACUACUGGGCAUCUACCCAGAGAAAACCAUAAUUCAAAAAGACACGUGCACCCCAAUGUUCAUUGCAUCACUAUUCACAAUAGCCAGGUCAUGGAAGCAACCUAAAUGCCCAUUGACAGAUGAAUUGAUAAAGAAGAUGUGGUACAUAUAUACAAUGGAAUAUUACUCAGCCAUAAAAAGGAACAAAAUUGGGUCAUUUGUAGAGAUGUGGAGGGAUCUAGAGGCUGUCAUACAGAGUGAAGUAAGUCAGAAAGAGAAAAACAUCGUAUAUUAACGCAUAUAUGUGGAACAUAGAAAAAUGGUACAGAUGAACUGGUUUGCAGGGCAGAAAUAGAGACACAGAUGUAGAGAACAAAUGUAUGGACACCAAGUGGGGAAAGUGGUGGGGGGGUGGUGGUGGUGAUGUGAUGAAUUGGGAGAUUGGGAUUGACAUGUAUACACUAAUAUGUAUAAAAUGGAUACCUAAUAAGAACCUGCUGUAUAAAAAAACAAAUAAAAUUCAAAAAUUCAAAAAAAAAAGAAAGAAA